AAAUAAAAAAUUCUCUAUAUAUACAAUACAUUUAAAUUUUUUGCAUAUGAAGUCAGACUUUCAUAACUAGGCGGUAGCAAUCGUGGAAGAAAAUAAUUAAAUAACAGUUCACCCCUCAAGUCAGCUUGGAAUCUCAUUUGUUUUAUUUGACACCUACCAAGUGUUUGAUAAAAUUCCUCAAAGAAAUAUUCUUUUGCAUUCUAUCACAACUUGUGGCAUUCUCCUCACCUGAAAGGUGUGAUCUUUUUUAGCUGCUUGAUUCUUGUAGUUUAAGCAUAGACACUUCGUUUAGUUUAAUCAACGUGUCCGGCUUGGAAACGUUUCGGACACGAAAUUUCAUUUUGCCGUGUUCCGUGUCCAAGUGUCCCAUUUUCCCGUGUCCGUGUCCUUCCUACUUAAACCAUCUAGUCAAAUUUUUCUGGCUAUUUCAAGGCUCAAGCUAUCAACAUCUCUAGAUAGUAUGGCUCUUAUGAAUGUUCAUCAUACCCUCCAAUUCAAAAGUUGUGAUAUCUUUGGAAACCACUCUAAAGCUUUUAAUUUUCUCCCUAUAAAAAGUACAAAUUUUCAGGUAUUGACAUUGGUGGCAAAGAAAAGGGCCAAUGCUAGAACAGAAAGUGCAAAAACCAUAGAAUUAAGAAGGCGAAAGAAGUUCAAUGGCACGUCCGAAAAGCCACGGCUUUCAGUCUUCUGUUCAACUAAGCAAUUAUACGCUAUGCUGGUAGAUGACGAAAACAAGAAGUGUUUAUUUUAUGGAAACACAUUACAAAAAUCUUUGCGGGGCGGUUCUUGUAGCAAGAUUGAAGCUGCUGAAGCUCUUGGCGAAGAGCUUGUUAAGGCUUGUCAGGAACUUUAUAUCGAUGAAAUAUCAUCAUAUGAUCGCAAUGGUUUUUCUCGUGGGGAAAGAAUUAAAGCAUUUGAAAUUGCAGUUUCACAGCAUGGAUUCUUACCUAGAUAGUUCUGCACCUAACUCUGCAGAAUCUAAUAAAAGUUUCAGAAAUUUCUCCUUGUUGCAGAAGCUUAGCUCAGCAUACUCUGAUUGUAGUGUGAUCAAUUCUUCCCUUUUUUUUAAUAACUUCAUAUAGAAUCUUUAGAUAUUAUAAUUUAGUAGUUGCUGCGAGAAAUGAGAAGUCAUUUUAUAAGCAGGAGUAAGCGUGCAGUCUUCUUCCUCCUCUUUUUCAUUUAUUAUUUUUCUAAUGUCAUGGUGGGUCUCCAUGUUGUAGGACCACAGACCACUUACUUACCACAGCACUAAAAUAUAGAGAUCAAGGAAUUGUCAUAGAAUCAAAAUUAUCUAGAUGACUUAACAAAGACUAAAUCAUAGUUAAAUAUAUAUUUUUCUUCAGGAGCCUUGGUCAAUUGUUGUUACUUGGUCGGCAAACUUAAUUAUGAUAGACCACUAUAGUCAACUUAUACAUGAAGCCAUUGCUUCAACUUUUAAGUAAUUCUUUUGGCAGAGAAGUUGGAAAAGCAAAAAGAUGAAUUAUUUAGUAACCAUCCAUGGUCGUUGGCUUCUCACAGCUUUUCUCGUUUUGACUGUUCACUUGUCCGAAUCUUCUCCAGUGCCUCAAGG